CAAUUUCUGUUCUCAUUUCAGUGUGUAAAAGCAGUUGAGGAAUUCUAAAAAAAAUGAAGUUCUCGAUGAGCAUAUCUACCAUUUUCAUUGCCAUAUUGGCGCUGACAAAUGCCACCGAGGUUGGCAAGUGUCCAAAAUCUACAGCACGCGCCUUGACUCCGGACGAAGUGAGUAUCUCCAAUUGUCCUAAAAAUAAAUGCACACUCAAGCGCAACACAGAACCCAACAUUGAGAUGAAAAUUAAACCCGAACGCGAUUUCACCGAGCUCAAUUCCGAUAUACAGGGCAUUAUUUUAGAUGUGCCACUGCCAUUCCCCGGUUACUAUGGCACCAGCGCCUGUCCGUACAUUUACGAUGCUGAGGGCAAAGAGAAGGUGGGCUGUCCAUUGAAAGCCGGUCAGACGUAUACCUACAAGAAUAGCUUCAAGAUUCUGCCAAUCUACCCAACUGUGAACUUGGUGAUUCACUGGGGUUUGGGUGAUAAACAAGGCGAUGCUGUUUGCUUCCGAAUACCGGCUAAGAUAAAGGCAUAAUGUGAAUGCUGAAAAUAUGCAGAUUCGAUUUGCUGGCAAUUAAAACAUUUUUUUUUUUGUGAUAAACUUUUUACUUGCUUACAUAAGUAACUGUAUUGUGGAAAUUAAAUGUAUAUAUUUGGAUUUGUUGGUAAAUCAAAUAAAAUACAGUACGUACAUAUUUUCUGCAACCAAGAUGUGGCAAUUCAAAAAUUUAAGUUCUAGCUUAUAUUUACAUGUGUAUGUGUAUGUACAUAGGCAUGUAUUUAUGUCUGUCUUCAUACAGCCAAUACAAAUUGAAGUAUGUAUAAAUAAUAUUGAUGCAUCCAGCCCGCUGCAUCAAUAUUACAAAGUAGCUUCGAAUUAAGUUUCCUUUUAAAUUAGAGGCGAUUGUAACCUGAACGAGUUGUUGGUAUAAGUAUACACGUAGCCUGUGUAUAAACGUAAAUACGGCAAAAUACAUUGAGAGGAAUUUUGGAA